AAAAAAAAAUUAAUAAAUCAAAUAAAUGAAUAUGAAUGCAAACAAACAUGAGAGAUAAAUUACUUCUGGGUGACUACUUCCAGCUUCCAAUAUGCAUUAAAGAGCUGAGUCACGUGCAGGCUAAGGCUUAUGACAGCCUGAGCCUUAAUUUUGAUGCGCAUUUUUGAAAGAUAGGGCUGAAUAAUGGUCUGACUGGAGUGUGCAAAGAAAGAACUUUGGAUUUAGUCAGUGGCAUGCAAUAUUUCACGCUGAGCUGUAGAGUGUUCAUGUUAUCAUCACAUGCUUGCUUAUCCCUUGAGCUAAAAUAAAAUCCUUUGAAAACUAUCAAAGAACAUAAUUAUGGUAGGGCUAUUUUCUCUGUGUGUGACUAAAGGAACCCAUAACCAAUCCUGACUCAUUCACUCAUAAAUCAUUAAUCAGAGGUAAGCUAUGUGUGUCAUGAUCACUGUUUGGGAGAUGUUCUUAACAACUCAUUUCAACAAACAGUAAGUCAGCAGACUGAGUGAGAUCAUGUGGAGACUAUCCCAGAAGUGUUCGCACAUAACACACCCGCCCCACUGCGUCCUCUGUGCAUGGGUUACCAUAGAUACUCAGUUCAAGGGCUGUAUAGUGAAAAGCUUGCAAUCAAACCUGUGUGAGGCAUAAAAGCAGAGCAAGUGAGUAUUGUCAGUGGACUGGAGCGGGUUUCUGCAGCAAGUGUUAAAACUAGAUGUUGACCAUCAAGCAAGCAGUGGAAAUAUCAGGACACAUGAUCCAAGAAUAGCCACACACCUCAAGCUGGCACCUUUGUGUGAAAAUCUAUCCCUGACGCUUGGGGAAAUGAGGACUGCCUCUACCAUACAAAGGCAAGUGAUAGUUUGGAUCUAGAAAGACACUCCAAGAUGUUUAGACCCUCAUGCAGAAGUUCAAGUCCAUUUUCUUUCAUGGACCUUGACAUGUGGGACACCAAAUCUCGCUUUACAGCCCAGACCUCUGCGUGGUGUGGCAUGGCGACUGUCUCUGGGUCAGGGUUUCUGUCCAAAGUCAGCACAAGUACAUCUGGGAGCACAGGUGGCUUCAGCCAGAAUGACCCAGGUCUAAGGAAGUGGCAGUCAUUGUCCCAUCUGGUGCCUGAUGGUGCUACACGAUCCUUUCCUCCAUGUCCAGGGGCUAAAUUAAGGACUGCCCGGGGUGAAAGUAGCUUUAGACAAGCAGAAGUGGCGCAAUGCCUGCAGGAUGCUCAUGUGCGUCUCGACACUCAGCUGGACCGGCUGAGAGCCAGAAAUUCUCAGCUGAGCGAUGACAUAACUACUGCAAAACUACUUGACAUGAAACAUAAGCAGCUGUCAGAAGUGAUGAGCGCUCUUGAGCAAGAGAAGGAGGCAGCUGAAUUGUCCCAAUUUGAAAAGAGCCAGCAACGUGGAGAGCUUCAUGAAAAGGUCCUACAGCUGGAAAACAACCUGCAGCAGAUGAGGUCUACUUUCGCCAGAGGGAGUAAUGAUCAACCAACCGAAAAAACUCCUGGCUUGCUUCACAGAGUACCAAUGCGUGAAGACUUUAACAAACAGGAGAGACAGACGGUUGACACAGAACUGUACAAUCUGAGAGAGGCUCUGAAAGGUGCUGAGGCGAGGGCAAAGACACAAGAAGAAGAACGAAACCAGGCACUCCAGAAACUCCAGACUUCUACUGAGACACAGAGAACGAUGUUGAAUCAAAUAGAGGACAUGAACCAGAGGCUCAUCCACACAAGACAGAAUCACUCUGACAUGCAAGAACAGCUGAGUGAAGCAAACAACAAGAUCAGCCAAGCAUGCCUGGAAAAAGCCAUCUUGUCAACUCAGGUGCUAAAGCUGGAGGGUAAUAUGAAACAAAUGAGGCCUCUGUCUGACGAUCAUCAUCAGGAAAAUGUUAAAAUGAUGCAGGAAGAACUGAAGGUUCUCAGAGAGGUGAAUGAAAAGCUGACACGUGAGCUUGAAAUGAUUACGCAGAAACUUAAGACAUCACAAUCACAGCUACAGGUGAUAACAGCAGAGAGGGUCAACAACUCUAAACAAAUCACAGAUCUGGAGGCAGAAUGCUCUCGGCUGAUCAGAGAAAAAGAGGAACUGCUGAGUAAAAUAAAUGGACGACACGAGGAGCUCACAGAGAUGAAAGAAAAGUGCAGCCAGCUGAGGGAAUCUGUGGAAGUAAUGGAAUUAGAAAAACUGAAACUGCAGGAUCAGUGCAUAUGUUUGGAAGCCAAAGUCCUUGAAAAGCAAGAGAGUCUACACCUGCAGGAGGAAGAGUAUCGUAAACAAGAUUCAGUCAGAGUCCAGAGCAUCGAGGAACUACAAGCUGUGGCCACACAUUGGACGGAGAAAUGGCAAAAAGUGGCUUUGGCCCUGCAGUCCACACAGGAGGAGCUAGAGGAACUCAAAAAGAACAACUCGACGAAUGAACUCCAAGCUGAAGAUGUAGGCUUACAUCUGGAAAGUGAGAUUGAAAAACUUAAGAAAGAAGGCCAGAAAAACAAAGAAGAGAUUGAAAAUCUGCUGCAGCACAAAGCCAAUGUGGAGACAGUGCUGACCAGAGCCAAGAAGGAUUCUGACUCCCUGCUAAGGGUUGAGCUUGACGCAUGCAAACAAGAGCUGGAGCUGGAAAGGAGCAUGAGUCAGGCGCUGCUUCACAGAUAUAAAGAUAAAGGUAAAGGAGGUGAACAUGUGCAGACCCAGGACAAACAGACAGCGACAGACUUAUCAGAAUUCUCUUUGUUAUGGGAGCCACCAUCAGACUCCCAGAGCAGCCAAAACAAAUCUGCCCAGGUGUGCAUACAAAGCAUUAAGGAUCAAAGGAUGAAGCAAAAGUUGGCUACAAGAGAGAAGGAACUGAGGGAAAAGGAAGAAGCUUUGAAGAGUCUAGAAAGGCUGAGAGAGAUGGAAAAAAACAAGGCUCAACUCAAGAUUUCUGCUCUGGAGCUCAAGGCCUCUGAGGAUCAUCAGGAUGAUGGAGGCCAAGCAGAUGACUCAACUACUAACUCACUGAGGGCCCAGCUAGAAGAGAGGAGGAGGAGGGCGAAUCAGCUGCAGCAGGAGAAAACGCUGAGGCAGCUUUACCUGGUUAAAGAUGAAAAACCCUCUGUUGACGGCAGGAAGGAUAAAACUGUUGGUUCAGUAAUUCUAGAGACGGACCAGCAGAGGAGGAUGGUUACUGAGCAGUUAAAGAGUCUGUUUAAGGAGCAGGAAGGAAAAGAGGUGGGAAAGGUUGAUAACAGAUCAGCUGCAGCUCAGACUGGCGCUUCCUCACUGCAAGACCGGACUCCCAGAUCUAAAGUUAUAAGGAGUGCAGUGGACUGGAGGAGCUGGCAGCAGGGCUCAGGUUUGAUGCCAGUGUUUGAAGAGGAUGAGGAGAGCAGUGACUGGCCGAAAGGGGAGGUGGGGAAGCCAGCAGAAGAGGCUCAUACUGAGGAAAAUUUCCACCAAAGUCAACAGAUGUCAACUAUGAGUGCAGAAAUCAACAAUCUUAAGGCAAACAAUGUGAAUCCGCUGCAAGCCACACUGAGGUGCAAGGUGCAGCCAAUCCAGGACCGUCCCUCUACUGCAAAGAAACUAUCAGACACAUCUUCUGAUGUCCAAGUACCAAACCUAUCUCACGUCUCAGGUGACCAGCAGUCACCUUCCCUCUAUCCAGAUGGAAUAUUCCUGGCUGAGCUUGUAGAUAUCUGUAGCCCUGAUGAAGAUGAAGAGGAGGGCGAGGACAAAUGAGGCGUUUUGUUAAGACUGCUGCACUGGGUGAAAGUUUCUUCAGGUGUAUAAUGGAUCAGUCAUUACAGCUGCACUAGUCAGAUUUGUGCCUUAUAGCUUGCACUGUAUGUUGUCUUACUCAAAUUAAAUGUAAGGACUAAUUCACUUGACUUAAAUUUAAAGACAUGAUUCUGCUACUUCUGUGAUACUUGGUGGAAACUUUUUGACUAAGAGGAUUGUGAUAUUUUUGUAUCUCCAUCUCACAGAAAAGAAUUAGGAACAUACAGCAGCAGUAAUUUAUACAUUUAUACGUUAGACAAUUGUGUUAAUUAAAGCCACCAAGCUAGCUCUGGCAAAAGUGUGUUUUAUUUAUAUGACAUGGGUCUUCACAUAAUACAUUCAGAACAUCCUACAGACAACAAGCUAUUUUAAAUGUAUCUCAAAGGAACUGUGAAAUUACAGAUGUACAUGAGGGUAUAAAAAGUACAUUAGUGUGUAUUACACGGUACUCACACAUCAAAUAAAUGAAUAUGUAUUUU